AUGCCCGCGUCGGCUCCUUUCCUCAAGGCGUCCUUGGCCCGUGGCUUCAAGACGAUUCCUCAACCCCCAGGAAACAUCGUGGGGACGGUCAAUGACGCAUACGUGCCACCCAAGGCCCACAAGACGCAUGGCUCGUGGCACUGGACCUCCGAGAGAAUCGUGGCCGCCGGCUUGAUUCCCUUGGUGGCCACGUCCUUCACGUCCGGGACGUCCGUGAUGCUCGAUACCACCUUGUCCACCUUGAUGUUGUACCACUGCUACGCCGGCAUGCAGUCGUGUAUCAUUGACUACAUCCCCAAGAGAGUCUACGGCGCGUUGCACUCCGCGGCCAUGUACUUGUUGCUUCUCGGCACCGGUGUGGCCGGGUACGGAAUCUACGACAUCGAGCAGAAGGAGGAGGGCGGCGUGGCCGGCAUCAUCGCCAGAGUCUGGCACGCCUAG